GCCUUCACAGUAAAUAGACUCACAGGAAGAACUUCAUUUAUCUAAUCUAACAAACAAAGAGGCGCUGUAGGCUCUCAGCACAUAUUCUGCUUAACUUUAUUACCGCUCCUGGUAACGUGACUGUUUUUUCACAGGUGUAAUUGAAGUAGGCCAAACCACAUCUGUUCCCUCUCUGUUUUGGUUCUGACCAAGCGGAUAUUGCUCUACAAAUGGAUAAUGGAGACUGGGGCCAUAGGAUGACAUCUCCUGUUACGUUGAACGUGGGAGGCCACAUGUACACCACCAGUUUAUCGACCCUGCAGCGUUAUCCAGACUCCAUGCUGGGCGCCAUGUUCCGGGGAGACUUCCCCACAACUCGAGAUUCCCAAGGGAAUUAUUUCAUCGAUCGCGAUGGUACGCUUUUCAGGUACAUCCUUAACUUCCUGAGGACAUCUGAGCUUACCCUUCCAGUUGACUUCACGGAGACAGACCUCCUGAGGAAAGAGGCGGACUUCUACCAGAUCGAACCUUUGAUCCAGUGCCUUAGCGAUCCCAAGCCGCUGUACCCUCCAGACAUCUUCGAGCAGGUAGUGGAGCUCUCUAGCACUCGGAAACUGUCAAAAUAUUCAAACCCGGUCGCUGUAAUCAUCACGCAGCUGACCAUAACCACAAAGGUUCACGCUCUACUUGAAGGCAUUUCCAACAACUUCACCAAGUGGAACAAACACAUGAUGGACACCAGAGACUGCCAGGUGUCCUUCACCUUCGGACCAUGUGACUAUCAUCAAGAGGUGUCCCUACGCGUUCACCUCAUGGACUACAUCAUGAAACAAGGCUUCACCAUCCGAAACACGCGUGUGCACCACAUGAGUGAGCGCGCCAAUGAGAACACAGUGGAGCAUCACUGGACUUUCUGUAGACCAGCUCACAAAGUUGAAGACUGAGUUGCAGCACAGUUGUAGUGGAUGACUGUUUGAUUUGUCAUAAUAUUACACAAAUCAUGAUUUAAAAAACAAAACAAAAUGGACCUCGGUUUCAGAAAUGUAUCACUAAUAAUGAUUUUUUUUGGAGGCUCAGUGUCCAAACAGAUAACAUAAGAAGAAUGAGUGAUUCAUCUGUUUGAGUGCAAAAGUGUUAUCUCAACGAAGCACUUUCAUUUAGACAUUCCUUUUUAAAAGUAAACGCUUCAUUGACGGUAUGAUGUACAAAACAAAAAAAGAAGCAUUUCUAAUGAAGCUGGAAGAUCCAAUACUAAUUACUUUAUUUAUUAUGGGGAAAACAUUUUUUGACCGUGUUUCGGAAGAUUGUUGGUAUGUUCACUUUUAUAGGCAUCGUUUUUCUGUGGCAGGUUCUGGCACCUGCCACAUGUUAAAAUUGAGGCCCGCAAUAAAGUAAUCAUAAACUGGUAGCGGUGAUUUGAGACUCUGUGCUGACAUACAGUAUAAAGUCUACAUUUUAUUUACUGUAAAAGCUCAUAAUUUGGUGUAAAGGUCAAAAAGAAGAGAUUGUAAAAAGUCUGUACUCCAUAGACAACGCCUUGGUCACUCGAGACGCUGAACAAAGAUCUUUUCUUGGAUCCAAAGUUGUCAGGGGUGAAUCUUUUUCUAUAGUAGUAAUAAUAAUGAAAAAUUAUGAUCAUUUUUAGCCCAAUUUCUUUAUGGUGAGUUUAAAGUAGCUAGAUCUUUAAAAAUGAGUCUCUUAGCCUUCUAUUAUCUCUUUGUACAGUACUAUUCCUGGAGAACCUAGUAGCUGCUGCAUGUGUCUGAGUGUCUUGUGUAUGUAUCUGUAUUUGCUGUGUGCGCUUUGCAGUAUUAUGUCAUACUGUUACACUUUAGAGCUCAUAUCUACAGUGAUGUGUUAGGUCAU